AUGCCUAAAUAUGCUAAAUUCCUUAAGGAGAUGCUAAGCAACAAAAAGAAAUUGGAAGAAUUCGAGAUAGUCAGAUUGAAUGAGGAGUGCCCAGCAAUAUUGUUGAGAAAGCUGCCACCUAAGCUUAAGGAUCCAGGGAGUUUUACGAUUUCAUGCAUAAUAGGCAAUUGUUAUUUUGAUAAAGCGCUAUGUGAUCUAGGCGUUAGUAUUAAUCUAAUGCCAUUUUCUGUGUUUAGAAGGUUGGGUAUGCAGGAACCCAGGCCAACUUCAAUUUCUCUGCAGCUUGCUGAUCGCUCGAUAACGUAUCCUAGGGGCAUAGUGGAGGAUGUCCUGGUCAAGGUGGAUAAGUUCAUAUUCUCUGCAGAUUUCAUUGUCCUUGACAUAGAAAAGGAUGACGAAGUACCCAUCAUACUAGGAAGGCCUUUCCUAGCUACAGGAAGAAUGAUAAUAGAUGUUCAGCAGGGGAAGCUUACAUUAAGAUUGAACGAAGAGGAAGUAGUAUUUAAAGUUUUUAAUUCACUUAAGCAUCCCUCCACUUUUGAUUCUUGUAAUUUUGUGUCAACUGCAGAUGUGGAAGCCCGGAUAGCUCCAAAGCAUUAUUCAGCAAGAAAUUCAUAG